AUGGAUAAUAGCAAUAGUAAUAGUAGUAUUGAUGAUGAUGAAUCAACGACGACCACAACAUUGUUGACAAGUGAUAUGAAUGAAAAUCAACGUCUGGUGGUCGAUAGACCUCUGAAUGACGACCAGCAUGAAGAGGAUAAUGGCAUCAAAGACGACGUCGUCAACUACACAACAGAUUCAAACGAACAGAGUACACUACUGUUAAAGAACAAUCACAACAACAAUGCAAUAUUAACAACAAUAGAUGCUGAUAAUGGACACAAUGACGACGAUGGUGGUCAGUCACCAUCAUACAAGCCACUACUAAGUAAUGGCAUUGACAAUGACGAUCACAACAUCGACAACAACAACAAUAUACAUAUCAAGGAGAAGAAGACAUCACCUGCUGUGACUGCUGCUGUGACAACAACAGAGAAAGUGGCAUCGGAGGAGACAGAGGAAGAGGCACAUGUUCACUUCAAUGACACAGUGAUCCAAUAUACCGAUAGCAACAUUGGUCAAUACUAUGAGGCGGACGACGAGCAAUCAGACUCGAGUAGUAGCAGUCUGAAUGAAGAUGACUUUGUCAGCGACGAGGCCUACAAGUUCAGAACGCCAAACAAUAUAUACGAGCGAAUCUUAACAACUGCGGCAACACUAAAAUUCAAGGCAUCGAUACAUACAAAGGAACUCAAACUGACGGCGGCAUACCUGGCGGUGUUCAUCUCACUUGGUAUCAACUCUGGAAGUCUUGGACCAACCCUACCCGCACUGGCCGCCAACACAUAUACUACAACAGCCAACGUUGGUCUAUUCUUCACAACAAGAGGUCUAGGCUACUUCAUUGGCUCAUUCUCUGGCAGAUUCUAUGACAAGAUAAACAAUGGCAACCAUGUAAUAGCAGCAGCCAUACUUCUCAUGACAGUCACUCUGAUUGUCAUCCCUCUAAUACAUAAUCUUUGGGGAGCAGGCGUUGUAUUCUUCUUCAAUGGAAUCGGAUCUGGCUUAAUUGACUCGGGUCUGAACACAAUGAUCGUCUGGGUCUGGAAGGAAGCUGUCAAUCCAUUCAUGCAGCUGUUACAUUUUACAUUUGGACUUGGAGCACUACUUGCACCAUUCGUCGUCUCUAUGAUGGGAGGCUCAUCAUUGUUUGACAAGUAUGUGGUGUUGGCUAUUAUCAUGGCAUUGUCAUUCAUCCCCAUGAUGCUGGUCAAGCCUGUGCCUCCAUACAAGGAGGACGAGAGUGUAACAGACAGCUUGACAAAGAAUGAGAAGCGACUUAGAAUAGAGGUGAUCUUUGCCGUGGCACUAUUCCUCUUUGUCUACGUUGGUGCAGAGGCUGGAUAUGGAGGAUGGAUCUUCACCUAUGCACAGACAAACCUUCACCUGGACGACCUCAACGCUGGCCUACUCAACUCAUUAUUCUGGACGACAUUUACACUGGCCAGGCUUGCUGGUGUUGUAAUAUCAUUGUAUUUAACUCCAAAUCAAAUGAUCAUUCUAGAUAUGAUUGGAUGUUUCUUCUUCUCAUCAUUGCUGAUUGCAGUGCCGCACUCAAAGGCCAUGCUUUGGAUUGCCACGGGUGGACUGGGCAUCAGUUUGGCAAGCAUCUUCCCAACGUGUAUAUCGUUGCCGGCGAAUUUGAACAUGCCAAUCACAGGCGAAGCAACAUCAUACAUGGUGAUUGGUGCGACGGCUGGCGAGAUCACCAUUCCUUGGUUGAUAGGUGUUGCUCAGCAUCACCUGUCCCAAAAGAUACUGCCAUGGGUCGUACUAUUCAGCUGUGCCAUAGCGCUCGCCAUCUACCUAACAAUCAUCAUUCGAGCAAAGAUAAUACGAUCAAGGGAUCGUGGUGACUCCUUUGAGCUACAAGGUAUCAAUCACUUCAUUACGACCAUACAACAGAAGCAAUAA